GUGAAAUACUUCAGCCGGCAGCUGUCCUGCAAAAAGAAGGUGGCCCUGCAGGAACGCAACGCAGAGCUGGAUGGCUUCCCCCAGGUCCGGCACUGGUUCCGGAUUGUCGACGUGCGCAAGGAAGUCCUGGAGGAAAUUUCUCCUGGCCAGCUGAGCCUGGAGGACCUCUUGGAGAUGACAGAUGAACAGGUGUGUGAGACCGUGGAGAAAUAUGGCGCCAACCGGGAGGAGUGUGCCCGUCUCAAUGCCUCCCUCUCCUGCCUCAGAAACGUCCACAUGUCAGGAGGCAACCUUUCCAAACAAGAUUGGACCAUCCAGUGGCCCACCACAGAGACGGGGAAGGAGAACAAUCCCGUGUGCACCCCGGAGCCCACCCCAUGGAUCCGCACCCACCUCUCCCAGAGCCCCAGGGUCCAGUCCAAGUGCGUCCAGCACUACUGUCACACCAGCCCCACUCCUGGGGCCCCCGUGUACACCCAUGUGGACAGGCUCACCGUGGACGCCUAUCCAGGCCUGUGCCCGCCACCACCAAUGGAGUCUGGCCACCGUUCCCUGCCCCCCUCGCCCCGGCAGCGGCACACAGUCCGCACCCCUCCACGCACCCCCAAUAUCGUCACCGUCACCCCGCCGGGUACACCACCCAUAAGGAGGAAGAACAAGCUGAAGCCCCCGGGGACCCCACCGCCCUCCUCCCGAAAGCUGAUCCACUUGAUCCCAGGGUUCACAGCACUGCAUCGGAGCAAAUCCCACGAGUUCCAGCUGGGCCACCGCGUGGAUGAGGCUCACACGCCCAAAGCCAAGAAGAAGAGCAAACCCCUGAACCUCAAGAUUCACAGCAGCGUGGGCAGCUGCGAGAACAUUCCUUCCCAGCAGCGCUCCCCGCUACUGUGCGAGCGCUCCCUGCGCUCCUUCUUUGUGGGACACGCGCCUUUCCUGCCCUCCACCCCUCCCGUCCACACCGAGGCCAACUUCUCUGCAAACACACUGUCAGUGCCACGCUGGUCCCCGCAGAUCCCUCGCAGAGACCUUGGCAACUCCAUCAAGCACAGGUUUUCCACCAAGUACUGGAUGUCUCAGACAUGCACAGUCUGUGGGAAAGGAAUGCUUUUUGGCCUCAAAUGUAAAAACUGCAAGUUAAAGUGCCACAACAAAUGCACCAAAGAAGCUCCACCCUGUCAUCUCCUGAUCAUCCACCGAGGUGAUCCAGCAAGGUUGGUCCGGACAGAGUCAGUCCCAUGUGACAUCAACAACCCUCUACGGAAACCACCCCGGUAUUCAGACCUGCACAUCAGUCAGACUCUCCCCAAAACCAACAAAAUCAACAAG